GCGACCCUUGUGUCGUGGACGCCGACGGAGAGGCUAAACUGAAUUAUUGCAGUUCGAAGCAUCAUCGCACCCGCACUUUGCGCAAUCACAAAUGGAUCAGGAUUCGAUACACUCGCAGGAGCCGCAGGGCGGGCAGGAGGGCAAGAAGGAGAAGAGCAGGAGACCACCAAACACGGCGUUCCGACAGCAGCGCCUGAAGGCCUGGCAACCCAUCCUUACACCAAAGACGGUCCUCCCGCUGUUCUUCGCCGUCGGAGUCAUCUUCGCCCCGCUAGGAGGAUUGCUGCUAUGGGCGAGCUCGCGCGUCCAGGAACUGUCCAUCGAAUACCAGCAUUGCACACGCGAUGCCACCGAUGUCUUUACUACCGUCCCCUCGAACCUGGUAUCGAGCCACUUCAAGAACGCAACGACGCCUUCGCAAGCACCGCAAUGGCGUACCUUCAACCAGACCGUCGCAUACCACAACGGCGCCGUCCAGAUCGAGACUCCGGUGUGCCAGAUGCGCUUCUGGAUCCCUGACGACCUGGCCCCGCCUGUCCUCUUCUACUAUCAACUCACAAACUUCUACCAGAACCACCGUCGCUAUGUCAAGUCUCUUGAUGCCGAUCAGCUGAAGGGCAACUUUGUUGACAACAGCACCAUCGAUGGCAGCGACUGCGACCCCCUUCGACUCGAUGACAAUGGCAAGGCCUACUAUCCUUGCGGCCUGAUCGCAAACUCCCUGUUCAACGACACCUUCAUCACCCCGCGCCUGCUGAACGACCGCAACGAUGCCGACCCUGUCAACUACACUAUGACCAACAAAGGUAUCGCCUGGGACAGUGACGGCGAGCUAUACAAGAAGACCGCAUACACAGCCGAUCAAGUCAGCCCUCCGCCCAACUGGCGCAUCAUGUACCCGGAAUACAGCGACGACAUUCCCAUCCCAAACAUCCACGAGUGGGAGGAGUUCCACGUAUGGAUGCGUACCGCCGGUCUGCCCUCGUUCAGCAAAUUGGCUCUGCGUAACGAUACCACCACUAUGCAAAGUGGCCAGUAUGAGAUGGAUAUCUACGACUAUUUCCCCGUCACCAUUUAUGGUGGCUCAAAAUCAAUCCUCUUGAGUACUCGCACCAUCAUGGGUGGUCGCAACCCCUUCUUGGGCAUUGCGUACAUCGUUGUCGCUGGUGUCUGCAUUGUCCUCGGUGCCUUGUUUACUGCAACCCAUUUGAUCAGGCCCAGGAAACUCGGUGACCACACCUACUUGAGCUGGAACAACGAUCAGCCUAGCACUGGCACCACUACUGGAAGAGCGUAGUACUGGUCCGCUCUCUUUGACGUUAUUUAUGUGUGUACGCCGUUGAGCUGUUUCUUUUACUGUAAAUGGCGUUUUGGAGGCAACCUGGUAGGCCGGAUCUUCACUUGUUUUGUUCAUCCCGAGAAAAUCGACUCGAAUCAACUGCUCUCGUUACUCCGAUCUGGACUGAUCUUUUGCGUGUAACUGACGUUCAUUGCCGUCGGCUUUGUGAUUCACAGGCGCCUGACGAGCACACUUUGCCCCCAAACACUCCUAUACGGCCAUGUCCAUUACAUCUUUAGCCGCUGUCGCUUCUUCACCCUGUAAAAGGUUACCUUCGUACUCCA